AUGGCAGCGAGCAGUGUGCAUCUCAUGUGGAUGCGGAUCUGUCAGGAGCAGCCGCGACGUCACAAAAAGCAAAUUAGCAUCGACCCGGAGAAUGCAGACAGGCAGAAACUCGCACAACCUGUAUUCACGUUCCUCCCGCGGCAGCCACGUACCUGCGUUUACUCCGUUGUCCAAAGGGCCCGUGGACCCCUCCGCUCCGGAAUCAACAUGAGCAAAUUCACGCUUCCCGAGCUCUCCCCGGACCAGCGAGAUGUUUUUGAAGAGGCUUUCGCCAAAGACUUAGACUUUUUAAAAGCUAUUCCGAAGGAGAAUCAUCCGUCCUACGAUCUGUUUGUCCGGAUUUGUUACACGAAGUCGGUGUCUCUGCUGACGGAGGCGGAAGGUCUGGCGCUCCAGCAGCUCACCGACCCCUCGGAAAAACAGACAGAAAUCCUGAACUCAGUGAAGGAGAAAGGACCGAAAGGGAUACUUAUGUUUUAUUUAUUCUUAAAUAUGAAUAACGAAGACAUUUACGGAGAACUUCCCAGUUCUAAAGAGAAUGAUAAGAAGCUGGAUCUGAUCUCAAACUUAAGGGACGGAUUCCUCGAGUCACUGAAAAAGAGCAUCCAGUUAUCCAGAUUUUCAGGCCCGGCGAGACCCACUGCCUCGGUAGCGCCGGUUACACCGAUUUCACCCACAAGAGAUGAAACCGAGGAAAAGCCAAAGGAAUCCAAUCCUAAAGAUGUGAGGAAAGUGAAUCGGGACUCCCAGCAGGCGACAGAGAGAAGUCGAGGGAAAGAGAAAGAAAAGAAAGAGGAGGAGAGUCCCGAUGAAGAUGAGAGGCCUCGUCCAAGGAGCCAGAGGAAAAGCUGGGGCAUCAGGAAGGACGAUGAGUUUUUCCAUUUUAUUAUUAUCUGCUUUGCGGUCGGGGCUUCUCUGGUCUGUUCGUAUAACUACGCCGACUGGACGGUGUCGGCGGGAAUCGGUCUCAUUUCUUUUGCGUCUCUGGAAACCAUUGGAUUUUACUUUGGUUUAAUUCACCGAAUCCGCAGCGUCGUGGAAGCUUUUCUGCCGCUCCUCCGAAAAGCCCCCCUACCCGGUUUACCAAAACAGGGAUAAUAAAACAUAGUAUUGAAGGAAGAUUUUAGACAGACGGGAUGGAGCCUUUGCAUUUAGACUGUGAACGUGAAGACAGCCGAGGCUGACGCUCUACCUGUGAUAAGAAUAUAAUUCCCUGUUUAUAAACUGUUUACAAUUUAACCCCUUCCCUACAGCCCUGACAAUGUUAUUAUCCUCCCCUCUUGUCUUAUAUAAAAGCUCUCGGAGUGUGUUUGGACAAUGCUUAAAAA